AUGACAGUCGUCGAGAAGAGCGCCUUGGUCGAAAAGCCUCCGGUUGCUCCCGCACCUGAACUUUACAUGUACAGAUAUGCAACCAAGCGUUGGAAUUUGGUGAGAGCACCUCUCCGCUUGGACGUAGCGCAAAGUCGCCGUAAGCAUCGUAUUGAUCCUUCCCAGGCACAUAGCGCAUCCUUUCAUCUAAAGACGCUCUACUUGUUUACGAGAAGCGACAUCAAGACCGUACUAGCACCUCAAAUCAUCUUCAUCACAGCAGCUCUGCUGAGUCGCGAAUCACUCACGACAUCAUUCGACGAACCAAGAUCCACAACACUGCAAAGGCUACCUCUGGCCAUUCUGUGGAUAUGGCUCAACCUCAUCGUCUGUGGAAUCUCGAACCAGCGGCUUGCAGACUCUAUUCUUGAAGACGAGCAUAAUAAACCGUGGCGGCCGCUUGCUGCGAAGCGGUUGACGCCCAAGCAAGCCCAACGCCUUCUCCUGGGCAUGAUACCUCUGGUGGCGGGAGUAAGCGCAGUACUCGGCGGAUUCAGACCGACAAUAUCUAUGAUGACGCUCCUGUGGAUGUAUAACGAUCUCGACGGCAGCAGCAUCAACAUCUGGGCUCGUAACGCGAUCAAUACUGGCGGCAUCAUGUGCUUCAGCGCCGGGGCGUUGGAAGUCUUCUCAGGCGGAGAUCUCCUGCCGAAGGCAUGGGCAUGGAUUGGGGUGACGGGCGCUGUCAUUGCCACCACGGUACAAGCGUUGGACUUCCCCGAUAUGGAGGGAGAUAGAGCUAGGGGUCGGAAGACGAUUCCACUGCUCUACGGGGAGGGCGUCGCUCGCGGUGGGUUGGCCGUGAUGGUCAUGCUGUGGUCUACUGCGUGUCCCUUGUUCUGGAAGCUCCAGCCGGCGGUCUGGGCGGCUCCUCUCGGAGUAGGAGUCUUGAUGGCCGGGCUGACGGUCGCGAGGAGAGACGAGAAAUCUGACGAUAUUGUUGCGAAGCUUUGGUGCCUGUGGAUGUCCGUUUUGUACGUCUUGCCCGUUUUUGCAGCAUAG